AUGCCAAAUUUUUUUUGUUUUUUAAUAAAUUAAUUAAAAAAACAAUUUAAUUUUAAUUAUCAGGAUAAUUAUUCUGUUUUUACAAAUAAUUCAAAUCUUUAAUUACUUUUUUAUAUAAAAGCAAUGAAUGCAAUCAUUUAUGAAAAGAAAUCAAAUAAUAUCUAAAAACCUUAAAAAUCAAAUUAAAUUCAUAUUUCUUCAUUUUAAUAUAAAAAUUUAUUCAUUUAAAUACGAAUUAAUAUAACUUUGAGCUCACUAAAAUUCGUAGAUAUUUAAAAAAUAAUUUUCUUUUCUUUUAUAUUUUAUGAAAAAUAAUAUUAAUAUGUUUUUGUUGAUAAAUUUAAAUUUAUUGAAUUUGGGUUAAUAAAUUUUAUUUUAUUUGUUUUAUUAAAUGCAAAAAGUCUAAUUAGUUUUAUAUGUUUAAAAGAGAUUAUUUCUUUAACUUAAUUUUAUAACAAAAUUAAUAAUCUCUUUUAAAAUUAACAUUUUAUCAAAUGCAAAAUCAAAAAAACAGAUGUAGCGCUUUAAAUUUUAUUUUUUUAUAAUAUUUUAUUAACCUAGUUUAGCUUGAUGAAAAAUAUAACGGGGAUGAGUAAAAAUUUAAAAAUAAGUUGA